AUGCCGUCGCUCAAUUGGACCUCCGCGGUAGUAGCCAUCGCCGCAAUUUUUCUCUUCUGGACGUUCUCCGCAACAUCAAACUCACCUUUCACGCGCAAUUUCCCCCGACUACAAAACAAGAAGAUAGUCCUUCUGAUUGCUCACCCCGAUGACGAGGCGAUGUUCUUUGCGCCGUCAGUUCUGGGUCUCACCAAACCAGAACUAGGCAAUCACCUCAAGAUUCUCUGUCUCAGUACCGGCGACGCGGACGGCCUCGGCGAAACUCGUAAGAAGGAACUACAGAAAAGCGCUCUCCAGCUCGGCCUCCGCGAUGAAUCCGACGUCUUCGUCGUAGACGACCCCUCCCGUUUCCCAGAUAGCAUGACAAAAGACUGGUCCGCAGAAGCUGUAUCCUCCCUCGUUGCCUCGGCAUUUGCACCGGAUCUUGCCGCCUCGCUGAACGGGUCUAAGAAAUUGGAUGCUAAGAAGGCGCCUACAUGUACCAUUGAUGUAAUUUUGACAUUUGACAAACACGGCGUGAGCAACCAUAUCAAUCACCGAUCUCUGUAUCACGGUGCAGUGCACUUUGUGCGGUUACUUAUGAAAGGGAAGUCUGGUUUUGCCUCUCCUGUUACGCUGUAUACGUUGACUUCUACGUCGAUUUUUAGGAAGUAUGCCGGUGUGCUUGAUGCGCCUUUGUCGAUGCUUCAGGGAGCUUUCAGUAAUUUCUUUGCGAGGUUUAGUAAAGCGAAGAAAAGCGGGACAGGCCCAGCUCGGUUGCUUUUCGUUAGCUCUGUGAGUGAAUGGGUUGUUGCUCAAUCUGCUAUGGUCAAAGGACACCAGAGCCAAAUGGUUUGGUUCCGAUGGGGUUGGAUUACGAUUGGGCGUUAUAUGACUGUUAAUGACCUGGUGAGGGAGGACAUUUGA